AUGAGCUUCGAUGAGGAGGAGGUACAGGCGUUCCUGGACCAGAACCCCUGCUUUGCCAACCAGUACUUUGGGAAGCGGUGGGACCCCGGGAGUCUGGCGGGCGCCUGUGAGGAGGAGGCCCUGCGGGACUGCGCCAGCUUCCAGGAGAUGUGCCAGAUGAAGGAGGGCGCGGAGCUGCUGGUGCUGGUGCGGGAGCUCAUGGAGAGAGUGGCCUGGGGGCUCCUGCGGCGCCUGGGCUCCCUCCUGCGGGCUGACUGCUGAAGCCUCUUCCUGCUGUGCCAGCGCAAGGGGUGGCCAAGCUGGCCACCCCAGCCUCCACCCCCGCUCCUCAGUGUGCAGCCUGGCAGCGCCCUAGAGGACUGCCUGGUGCCCCUUGACGCUGAGAUCGUCUUCCUGCUGGACAUCGGGGUCGUGGGCCACGUGGCUCAGACCAAAAAAAUGGCAAACAUCCAGGACAUGGCUGAGGUGGGUUCUGGGGCUCCCCUGCGCGGGUUGGCCGCAGCAGGUGUGGGGGGCCCAGGGCACAGCCCUGCUGGAGAGGGGGCUGGAGGGUGCCUGGGACAGACUCUACUGUGCCCUGGCCCCCACACCUGGAGGACGGCACAGAGCAGGGCCCAGGGGCCCCAGAGCCCCAAGCCUGAAACUCCACGAGACCCUGCUGGCCACUCCAUGGAUGGAUUUGGGGGUUCAGGGGAUGCAACAGGGGGCCUGGAGCUGGUCCGGCAGGACAUUGGCGAGGAGCAGCACAUGGAGUGGGACGAUUCGGGAGUCCUGGAAGAACAGGGGCUUCUCCACCUUGUGCCGGGCUAUGCUGGGGUGGCUGGUGGGGAGGGCCAGGUGUGCCUCACCGUGGUCACAGGUGGGGCCCCACAAGCCCCAGGCACCGGCCGACAGCGCGUCCUGACCGGCGGGCUGAAUAGCUGCUACACUGACCUGGAGGCCACGGCCAUGAUGACGGCCGGCCGCCACAACCUGGACUGCCGCGGCGCCAGCAGCCCGGACCCGAAGAACGAGGUGCCGGGCUCAAGGAAACCUCCCAGAUUGCAGAGCCCCUUAGCCAAGCGCUGCGGUGCCUCCAUUCUGGAGCAACACCACCUGGAGCUCGGGAAGCUCCUGCUCUCCAGGAGGUGUAGCCUGAACAUCUACCAGUACCUGAGCCGGCAGCAGCACGAGCACAUGACUCACCUCAUGGGCAUCGCCAUCCUCGCCACCCACCUGGCGCUGAACUUCAAGAAAAGGAUUCUGUUCCAGAAGAUCGUGGACGAGUCCAAGAGCUACCAGGACAGGAAGAGCUGGGUGGAGCACCUGUCCCUGGACACCACGUGCAAGGAGACAGUUCAGGCCAUGAUGAUGGCUGCCUGUGACCUCUCCGCCAUCAUCAAGUCCUGGGAGGUCCAGAGCAAGAUUGCUCUGCUGGUGGCAGCCGAGUUCUGGGAACAGGGUGACCUGGAGAGGACCGUGCUGGACCAGCAGCCCCAGCCAAUGAUGGACUGGAACAAGGCGGCUGAGCUCCCCAGGCUGCAGGUCGGCUUCAUCGACUUCUUGUGCACAUUUGUGUACAAGGAGUUUUCCUGCUUCCACGAGGAGCUCCAGCCCUUGUUCGACCGGCUGCAGAACAGGAUAGAGUGGAAAGCCCUGGCUGACCAGCACGAGAGAGCAAAGGCCUUGGAGGAAGAGAGGGCAGCGGCCAAGAAAAGUCCGGGCCCCACUCUAGCCAGGGCAGAGGCCCUGUGA